AUGGCUGCUAACGAGGAGAGUUAUUUUGAGCAAGUUAUAGGCCCUCUGCGGCAGAGGCCUCGUCGUUCGGACCCUGACGGGCUUGAUGAAAGCGAAGAAUGGUGGAUUGGACAUUUCGAAUAUCUAAAGGAGCGCGGCUACAUGAUGAGGCCCCGAUAUCGUCCUGGUUGGCAACCAUCCUACAUUCCUGGGUCAUUCGGGAGUCUGUAUGCUGAGGAUGCUCAACGAACGCCCCAUCCAUAUGUCAUGGAUGCUCUUCGCCUAUCGGAUUCUCUCAUGGUAGCACUGAAGCUUGUCAAGGUUUCCACUGGCGAAGAUAAACUCACCAUGCUCUUUUCCGAUGAUGACCACAAUCCAGAUCCUCACAAUCAUUGUGUCCGGAUACUCGAAGUCCUACCAGUCCCUGGAGAAGAUGCGGGAAAGAUAUUGGUCAUGGUAUGGAUGCGCAAUGUGAUAGAUCCAAGAUUUCGCACAAUUGGUGAAGCAAUUCAAUUCUUCAAGGAGAUGAUACAGGGCCUGCAAUACAUGCACCGAAAUAAUGUGGCACAUAGGCGUGUAGAUUGCUCGUUGAAUAACAUGGCCAUGGAAGCUAAUUCAAUGUUCACUCGGCAGUAUCACCCUAUGGCUCCGAAAAAGAGAUACGAUUGGAGUGGAGGGGCAUUACACUUUUCGCGUACCCGUCGUCCUCCAAGAUAUUAUCUCAUCGACUUUGGAUGCUCCCGGAUGUAUGAUCCUUCGCAGCCACGACCAUUGGAAUAUUCUUUGAAAUCUGGUGGCUAUAUUCCACCUGAGGGUCUUGCAGACAUACCCUGUGAUCCUUUUGCCACCGAUGUCUUCUUCCUAGGCAAUCUCAUGCGGACUUCAUUUCUUGAUGGUGAUCCUACUAUGCGUCAACCUGGAGUUUCUGGUUUCGAAUUUCUGAGACCACUCGUCGGCGAUAUGGUAGCAGAUGAUCCGUCCAAACGUCCUACGAUGGAUGAAGUUGCAUCUCGGUUCACCGGUAUCGUUGGAAAGUUACGGUGGUGGAAAUUGCGCUCACGAGCGGUUCAGAAAGACGAGUUUUUUUCCACACCGUUUCGAGCAAUCUAUCAUAUCUUCUGGACUGCCUCAAUGAUGUUACUCCUCAAACCUGCUAUACCAUCACCGAAACCUCUUCGUUGA